ACGUUUAUGAAAGUUAACUCUUGAUGUGUCAAAUUGAGAGUUAAUAAUUUAUCUUAUUGAAAAUGGCUCACGUUUGUGGUCCAGAAAUAGUUAAAUACGCGUGUCAUUGUGGCCUACUGAAGCCGAUUUCCCAAUUAUACUUCUGUAGGCACUGUUCUAAGAUACGGUGUAGUUUUUGUGUUUGUCAUGAGGUGGAUUCAUUAUUCUGUGGAAAAUGCUCGGAAAAUAUUCCAUCUGCGGAGGCCCGCAUCAAGAAAAAUCGAUGUGGCAACUGUCUAGUGUGUCCCAGUUGUCAACAAGAUCUAGGACCAAGAAUUGCGGCGACUUCAAAGACUCAACAUGCAGAUGAGCCUAAAACUCCUGUGAAGAAAAUGCACUAUUUGCUCUGUCAAUAUUGCAGAUGGACUUCUAGAGACGUCGGAAUUCCUGAUCAGACCAGCGUUACUGGAUUUCCCGAUCGUGAUAACGUGCACGGGCAUCGUCUGCAGGAAGUUCUUGAUGCUUACAAGGCUGUGGUUUUAUCACAAAAACAACAAAAAGAGAAUGACAAAAAGAAACAAAGGAAGAAAUAUAUGAGUUACACUGAUAUGACGGGAGUUACGGCUGCUGCUUUACGAAAGAGAAUUGGGUUACCAGCUGAUAGAACACACCCUUUGUUAAAGAGCAAACCAAAAAAGCCAGAACCUGCUGUUGCAGUAGAGGAGGUGGAGGAGUUGCCUGAUUCAAUCUUCACUGAACCACUUAAUUUCUUAGAAGUUACUUCAAUCGAUCAACGUUUGUUAUAUCCAGAGAGUCAACCAGUCACAGUUGAUAAAAUGUUUCCAGUUCACAAACAAUUAUCCAUUAAAAGAUCUUUGAGAUGUAGAGCUUGUGAACAUAAUGUCAGCAAGCCAGAAUAUAAUCCAAAUUCUGUAAAAUUCAAAAUUCAAUUAUUUGCUUACUAUCACAUUCCUGAUAUAAGAAUAGUAACAGUAGAACCUCUUAGAGCUGGUAAACCUGUUGAACUAAUAUUAAAAUUCACCAAUCCCACUCAACAUCAAACUGAUAUUUCCUUCUUGGAACUUGUUAUUACUGAACCAGAAGAUGAAGAAAUCAAAGAAACAGAAGAAUCUUUGGAUUCAUUAAGUUUACAAGAUAAGCAACCAAUAUCACUACCCUCACUGACAUCUACCAGUCAGCCAAGUAGCUUGUUGAGUUUGCCUUCUCAUAGACAACCAUCAAUUACCAUAAAACCUAGGAAAAUUGAACAAAAUAUUAACUGUAAAGUUGAAAUUCCAACUAGCAGUUUUAUUUUACCUCCUCGUGAUGACGCUGCUGAGUAUGAUGAUUCUGGAGACACGCAUAAUAUUCAAGAUGAUACAAAGCUUGUUAAAAGAAGGAAGGCUAAUAAAGCUUUUAUAAAACUUACUGUAACACCAGAUGAGAAUCUGCCUUUGAAUGAAGAAGUAGUUUGUGGAUUUACAAUGCGACAUCUCUACACAAACACUAUGUUAACCCAUCAACCACAAAAAUAUGAACGCAAUGUUCAAGUAUUUCUAACUCUGGGCAAUAUUGUAGGUUCUGAAUGAUAUAAUUAAGUUGCAAUUUUAAUAGUUUUAGUACUAAAAAUAUUGCUGUAUAACUAAUUUAUUUAAUGUUUAUUUAAAAUGUAAUCAUUGUUACUAAUGUAAUGUAAGUACAAUGCAUGCUGUUUAAUAUUUUAUACUUAUUUUUUGCUUAAUAAAAGUUUGUAUUCGUCAA